GCAUAUUGGUAUAUCAAGAUAGCAUGAAUAGAUCUCUAUCAUCUAUGGGAGAUCAAGGUAUUGAAUUAGAUGCUGAUCGAGGCACAAAUUUUAUGGUUGAGGAUGAUGAUAGCAACGAAACCGAGGAAAGAUAUGACAAUACUUCGAAAAAAACCAAAGUGUUGUCCAGGAAAUUUAAUAAACGUACGUAUGAUUCCUUUUUGGCAGAUAAGGAUGUAACUUCCGUAUUUGUGCAGAACGUUUACCUGGAAGAAGAGGAUCUUAAUGUUGCCCUGUAUCUGUUAUCUCGAUGGAUGCCAAAGAUAUGGAUUUGGUUUGUUGGUGAUGCAUGUGAAAUGGGAAAAGCGGAAUGGAUUGUCGUAGAGAAUCAAUGGGGCGAAUUAUCGAUUGAGAAUGUAUCACGCAAAUAUUAUGGUGGAACUAUUCUUUCCGUUUUCUCGACCAGUCAACUGGAUGACGAUGACGCAGUUAAACUGGCAUCGCUAUCCUCAGAUGAACUUUUGCGCCAUCUACAUCACUUCGAUUAUCGUUAUAUUCGAUUUAUAUAUAAUCCUCUACUGGGAAAGUUUCUACAAAAUAGAUUUUCUGAACUUUAUACGUCAUCUGAUAUGCUUCCGACUGUCAACACGAAAACCAAUAAUCUUUCCGUUGUUUCUAAUGUUGGAUUAAAUUGCUCUCCACUUCUUCAUGCCAUGGCAACUUGUCAUUCUCUUAAACUGGUCGACAAUGAGUUAAUCGGCGAUCCAUUAGACUUGAAGAUGUUCGAAUUUACUAAUUGGAUACUUGAGGAAAGUGGACAAAGUGCCUCACGACCUUCUAGUUUAAUCGAAACAACUACUGGUACAUCUCCCGUGGCUAGUUCCGGUGGAAUGGUACCAACGGUUGUUAGGCCACCUGGAAGUAGACAAUUCGACCUCUCCGACGUGUUGAUGAAUAAUGGCGAACGAAAUAACGAACCUAAUGCGUUUUUAGAAUUUGGCAUCAUUAGAACAUUCGAGUUUGUUUCAUCUUUGCGUCGCAUGAGUGUGCUCGUUAAACGUUUGAGAAGUCAUACAAUAGAAGUUUACGUAAAAGUUCCCGAAAAUUAUGACGAAUUAUUACACUAUUACACGCACAAUGGAUUUCGAGUCAUCGCAUGUGCUUUCAGGAGUUUUGACGAUCUCAAUUGGAUAAAGGCACAGAAAAUAAAGAGAGAGCAGGUUGAACAGGAUCUUGAAUUUUUAGGGAUUAUCGUGUUCGAAAAUAAAUUGAAGGCAGAAACUCCACCUGUUGUUGAAACUCUCAGAAGGGCGAAGAUUCGGCAAGUCAUGUGCACAGGAGACAAUGUGUUGACUGCAAUUAGUGUUUCUCGGGAGUGCGGAAUGAUUAGCAAGAAUGCAAAAGUAUACGUACCACGAUUCGAACAAAGAUCUGGGAAUUCGGAUUCGGGGUCAUCUAUUGUUUGGCAAUGUUUGGACGACCAAGAAGACUUGCUGGAUUCAAGAUCUUUAAAGCCAAUUAUUCGAUCAUCGCAACCUUUCUCCGAAUUUCCAUUCAUCGACCCUUACGAAUAUGACCUCGCCGUAACGGGUGAUGUUUUUCGUUGGAUCGUUGACUACGCUGACGAAAUUACACUUUAUCGGAUGCUUAUCAAGGGACAAAUUUUCGCACGAAUGUCUCCAGAUGAGAAGCACGAGUUGGUCGAGAAACUGCAGGAAAUAGGAUAUUGCGUCGGAUUUUGCGGAGAUGGUGCUAACGAUUGCGGUGCUCUCAAGGCUGCGGAUGUGGGAUUAUCACUUUCUGACGCCGAAGCUUCGGUUGCUGCCCCUUUUACGAGUCGCAAUAAGGAUAUUGGCUGUGUGGUCGAAAUAAUUAAGUAA